AUAAUAACUCCCACCCCCAGAGAGAGCGGCGACAGACAAGGAAGAGGAUUCUUUCUGCUACGCAUUGGAAUUUCAUUUGUAUUCUCUAGACAAAAAGUUCCACACUCAAUAAUUCCAUUUUUCAUACUAAAUAAAAUCCCAUUCCGUUUCCUGAUUUCCCCCCUUCCGAAAAAUGUCAGCUCAACUCUCCUUCCCUUCAGGAGGAAACAACAACAGCAAAUGGAAAAAGAGAAAAAGAGACAACAACACCACCAACAACAACAGCAACAGCAACAGCAACAACAGCACUCCUAACACCAAGAAACACAGACAACAGCAACAAUCAGACGAUGAAGAUGAAGAAGACAUCAACGAAGACGAUGAAGAAGAAAUUGAACCAGAAAUCGAAGAAGAUGAAGAUUUACAACCAAUUCCUUCUGUAACACCACCAAUUGUUCAAAACCCAAAAGAAGAGGUUCUUUCAGAUGGGGGUGUAAGAAUAUCAGAUUUCCCUAUUGUUGUACAACAUACUGUAAAUCGCUUUCAUUCUUCUGUUCUUUCAAUUGUUUCUGCUGAGCGUCAAGCUGAAUUUCCCAAUAACCAAAACCCUAACCCUAAUUUCUUCUUGAUUGAGAAUAUAUCUCAUGGGCAACUUCAGGCUCUGUCAUCUGUUCCAGCUGAUAAUCUUUCUUUAGCUACUACAUCUGAUCUUAAUGACCGAUCUGAUGCUGCUGCUUCCUAUGUUUGCACACCUCCUGCUAUUAUGGAAGGUCCAGGUGUUGUUAAGCGAUUCGAUGGGCGAGCACUUGUCGUCCCUAUGCACGCUGAUUGGUUUGCACCAAACACGGUGCACAGAUUGGAAAGGCAAGUGGUUCCGUUUUUUUUCUCUGGAAAAUCUGCUGAUCAUACACCGGAAAAGUACAUGGAAUGCCGCAAUCGAGUUGUUGCUAACUAUAUGGACAAUCCAGAGACGAGACUUUGGACAGGAGAUUGCCAAAAUUUGGUCGAUGGUGUUGAUGUUCACGACUUGAAUCGAAUUGUUCGGUUUCUAGAUCACUGGGGAAUAAUUAAUUACAGUGCACCGGCACCAAAUCGUGACCCUAGGAUUGGUGGGCCAUUUUUAAGGGAGGAAUCGAACGGGGAAAUUCACAUACCAUCGUCUGCAUUGAGGUCGAUUUAUAGUUUGAUUCACUUUGACAAGCCUAAGAGUAGGAUCAAACCUACUGAUAUGUGCCCUAUGUUGUCGUAUGGUGGUGGUGAUGAGGUAGCUGACUUGGAACAGAGAAUCCGGGAGAGGUUAACAGAAAACCAUUGCCAUUACUGCUCUCAGCCAUUGCCUCGUGUUUACUAUCAGUCACAGAAGGAAAGUGAUAUACUGCUUUGCUCUGACUGCUUCCAUGAAGGGAGAUUUGUCGUUAGGCACUCGAGCAUAGAUUUUAUGAAGGCGGAUUCUGCAAAAGCUUUAUGUGAUCUUGAUGGGGAUAGUUGGACUGACCAGGAAACACUAUUGUUGCUUGAGGCAGUCGAGGUCUACCAUGAUAAUUGGAAUGACAUUGCAGAGCAUGUAGGCACCAAGUCCAAGGCCCAGUGCAUUCUUCAUUUUGUUCGUCUCCCGAUGGAGGAUGUUGUUUUAGAAAAUAUUGAUGUUCCGAGUAAGUUGGUCUCAUCCAACACGCCGAAUUUAGAAGAUGGGGGAACACCAUAUCCAAGAUCUAACGGAGAUUCUGCAAGACUUUGUCUCCAAGAUCCUGAUUCUGAAAGCAGGCUUCCAUUUGCAAAUUCUAGGAAUCCAGUCAUGGCCCUUGUUGCCUUUCUGGCCUCUGCAGUAGGGCCAAGAGUUGCCGCAGCCUGUGCACAUGCAUCAUUAGCAGAAUUGUCCAAGGAGGAAAACCAGCUAGUUGCUUCUGAAAAUCAGGCCGUACAAGAUGGAACUAAUGCUCUUUCCUCUGCUCCUUUGUCCACUCAAAGUGUAAAAGUUGCUGCAAAAGUUGGCCUAGCUGCAGCUGCAAUGAAAGCAAAACUGUUUGCAGAUCAUGAGGAGCGCGAAAUACAGAGAAUGGCAGCCAGUAUAAUUAAUCAUCAGCUAAAGAGGCUCGAACUGAAGCUGAAGCAGUUUGCGGAAGUGGAGACCUUGCUGAUGAAAGAAGGCGAGCAAGUAGAAAAGGCAAGGCAGCGGCUAGCAGCUGAAAGAGUCCAUAUCAUAUCAACGCGUUUUGCACCUGGGGGUGCCUUGAAUGCCAAUACUGCUACUUUACAGGGUGCAGUGGCUGGUUCUGUGGGAAAUAAUCUUGUUAACAGCAGCAGACAAGUAGGUAUGCCAGGUGGUUUGCCUGUGCAGACAAACAUGAUUCCUGGAGGAUAUGGGAACAAUUCAGGGGUGGCUACACAUCCACACAUGUCAUUCAUGCCGCGACAGCCUAUGUUUUCUUAUGGGCCACGCUUACCUCUCUCUGCAAUACAUCCAUCAUCAUCACAACCCUCAUCUGCUGCACACCCAGGUAAUACCAUGUACAAUGCUGCCGCCCCGCCAGGCAAUGCACCCUCUACUCUUGGCCAUGCAAUGUUAAGACCUGUCCCUGGUAAUAAUGCAAAUGUAGGUUGACAGAUGAAUUUUUAUGUAACACUAGAGAAGCUGGUUACAAUGUGAGGGUUAUGUGAUUAACAACACCUCUUGCCUCAA